AUGUCUGCCCUCGGAAACUGGUCCUUCACGCCCCUGGUGUCGGCUUUUCAGCCCACCAUCCUGCCAAACGUGCAAUUCUGGAACGUCAGCAACAACGUCGGUCUCGAGUACCAGGUCGAGGUUUCGUGGCCGUUUGAGUGGGCUUCUCAGGAUGUCGACGCCGCAGCCCUCGCCAUGUACGUGCUGGACGGUAACGCGCUCGGCAUGACCGCCACAGAGGCCUGGAAAAGGCGUGGCCCGUCCCCAGCGCGGCAUCGACUUCCGGCCGCCCCUGCCCGCGGGAAGCACGCCGAACCCCACCGACCCCCGUCCGGCGCCGACGAUUUCAUCGCUUUCCUGGACAAAGUUUUGCGCCCGUUUAUCCGCUCCACUGUCUUUCCCAACGUCAACUUUACGCGCGACGCGCUGUACGGCCACUCCUUUGGGGGUCUCUUUGUCAUCUACGCCCUCUUGAACCAACCUGAAUUGUUUGACACGUUCCUCACGGCCAGCCCGGCGAUAUUCUGGAACAACGGCUCGAUUCUAAACGAUCACCCCAAGAAGCCCGCUUUCCGCAUCAGCUACGGCUCCCUGGAGCAAUUCCCCAUCCGCCGUCGGACGGAAACCAAGGAAGAUUUCCAGUUCCGCAAGGGCAUCAUUGAGACUUUCCGCAUGACAGAUAACUGCCAAGAGCUCUACCGACGGAUCCGUAACAACCCCCGACUCAGGGACGUGAUCUUGAAGGAAUAUCAAGGCCAGGACCACGCGAGUGUGGGGGCGACUUCCAUCACGGAUGGUAUUGACUAUUUCGCGGAUUGGUAA